AUGGCAGACCUUGGCCAGAAGGAGAGGGACAUCGUCAUCGUCGGCGGUGGGAUAAUUGGAUGCUGCAGCGCGUACUUCCUGACCCGACACCCUUCCUACGACCCGUCGAAACAUCGGAUAACGAUACUUGAGGCUUCGGAGAUCGCUGGCGGGGCAUCUGGCAAGGCCGGGGGUUUACUCGCCCUCUGGGCAUUCCCCAAAGUCAUCGUUCCGUUAAGCUACAAACUGCACGCGGAACUAUCACAGGAGCACGGCGGAGCUGAUAGAUGGGGUUACAGAGAAGUCGGGUGCGGGCAACUCGUUGCAGAUAGCCGCUCCAGAAGCCCGGCGAGCAAGUCAAAAUCCGGCAGCGAGGCCGUCUCGCUGGGGAAAAGAAGCGAUGCUGCUAUGGCUACGUUGAAAGCUGCUGGGAUUCCGGCGGAUCUCGAUUGGUUUGAUCCUGCUGUGCUAAAGGCAUAUGAACGGAUGGGAGAUGAAGGAGCUACUGCACAGGUCCACCCAUAUCUGUUUACGACAUCAAUGGCAAAGCUGGCAGAGGAGAAGGGAGCGAAAGUGAUAUUAGGCACUGUCACCGCUAUCGACCAUCCGACAGGCCACGUCAAGUCAGUAGCAUACAGGAACAACGCCACCGGUGCUUCUGAAUCCAUCAAAGCUACGGAUAUCAUUGUUUCUGCAGGCCCCUGGACACCAAGGAUAUUCCCGCAGGCCCCCAUCGAGGCUCUUCGCGCACAUAGCGUUGUACUCCGUCCAACACGCCCGGUCUCUGCAUAUACGCUAUUUACCGAAAUUACACUCCCAGCUGAGCAGUCCAAGUCUGGCAAGGUAUCUGCAGCAAGCCCCGAAAUUUAUGCCAGACCAGAUAACACCGUAUAUGUCUGCGGGGAGGGCGACACGUUGGUCCCGCUGCCGUCGUCAACAGCAGAUGUCGAGGUUGACCCGCCCAGAUGCCAGGAUAUCAUUGACGCGAUUGCGAACAUAUCCGAUGAGCUACGAGAUGGAGAGGUGAUGAUUCGGCAGGCCUGCUAUCUCCCCAACGUAGUUGGCACCGGUGAUCGAGGAAGUCCGAUUAUUGGAAAGACCAGCAUAGAAGGGCUGUAUCUUGCAACAGGACACACCUGCUGGGGCAUUCAGAACGCACCAGCAACGGGGAAGCUGAUGAGCGAAUUCGUCUUCGAUGGCCAGGCUAAGAGCGCGGAUAUUUCUGAACUGGAUCCCCACUUCAGACAUACCUGUGAGCAGAAUGAGGGGAUGGAAGGCUAUGGCUGGGAAGAGUACGACAUUCGGAAAGGUGGCAGACAGACUGUACAUGAUUCCCGCAAUACCGUUGACCUUACCAUAGACUUCAUCAAGGUCCCGGGGGGAGAUCAUGGCGGUAGCUGGGGUGCUCGCAUUAAAGGCGUACCCCGUCCCGAUGCCUCCCCCGACCAGCCCACGACGUUGGUCUUCUAUGCUGCCAUGGAAGGCCUGGGAAGUCUGGGCGUGAGCAACGAACCUAGUGAGCUAGGAUAUGAAGGAGAUGUCAGACUUUCCGGAAACACCAUGGAUUUGGGGGAUUUCACAAUUGAUAUCACCCGUGGCCCAGAUACCAAUGUCUACCCAGAACGGAUGCACCCAAGCUAUGACGAUAAGCCGUUGGAUAGGACGAUAGUAUCAAGCAUGAAUGUAAAGCCGGAAGCACUCUGGCAAGGGAAGACCAUACUCUUCACGCAAAUGAAACAAUCAGUGGACGCCACGAUGAAAAAGUAUGGCGAGGAAAACCCACCUCCUCCGCCUGCAAUUUUCACGCUUCCGAAUACCCAGGGGAAUGGGAAUGCUCAUUAUAUACAAAAGGUCUUCCAUGGAGCGUUCGAGUUUGAUAUCCUCUUUUCAUCAGCGACGGCAAAGGAGCCACUUACUUCUUCCAUGGUCACGAAGGAGAUCAAGGAUGCAUCUCUCUCCUUCUCUCGAAAGUUUGAGAAGAUAUUCAAACCACUUGCCCCAUUCAACUCUCCGGAGUAUCUGAAAUUUUCAAAGGAAAUGCUUUCUAACUUGGUAGGCGGAAUCGGCUACUUUUAUGGGGAUUCAAUCGUCGACCGCACGUAUGCACCUGAAUAUGAUGAAGAAGGUGAAGGCUUCUGGGAAGAGGCAGCUGAGGCACGAGCCCGUGCGGAGCUCACUCCUGGAGACCCUUCCGAACUAUUUACUUCAGUUCCUUCGCGGCCGUUUUUCCCCCGGGGCUUCUUGUGGGACGAAGGCUUUCACUUAUUGCCAAUUAUAGACUGGGACCUUGACUUAACGCUUCAAAUUGUCAAGAGCUGGCUAAACCUCAUGGAUGAGGACGGGUGGAUUGGAAGAGAACAGAUUCUAGGACCUGAAGCUAGAAGCAAAGUUCCAAGCGAGUUUAGAACCCAAUACCCGCAUUAUGCGAACCCGCCAACAUUGUUCCUUGUUCUUAUGGAAUUCAUGAACAAGGCCGCGCUUGGAAAACCAGCCGAGCCCCAGGGCUCUAAUUCUAAGUACUCCGACAGCAAGGAGCUCAGCGAGUCAUUCCUCCGUUCCAUUUACCCACUCCUUCGACGCCAUUACUUCUGGUUUAGGAAAACCCAGUGGGGUGAUCUCAAAUCCUAUGAGAGGGAGUCCUUUUCAACAAAGGAAGGAUACCGAUGGAGGGGCCGCACAGUUGAACAUAUCUUGACUUCAGGUCUGGAUGACUAUCCUAGGCCGCAACCUCCUCACCCGGGGGAGCUCCAUGUUGACCUCAUAAGCUGGAUGGGUAUGAUGACACGAUCGCUGCGACGCAUUGCGGAAGCAUUGGGUGAGACAGCAGACGUGGAGGAGUUUAGUAAAUACGAAACAGCGAUCCUCAGGAACAUCGAUGACCUCCACUGGGAUAAGGAUGCAAAGACCUAUUGUGAUGCAACUAUCGAUGAUUACGAAGAAAGCGUCCAUGUGUGCCAUAAGGGAUAUAUUUCAAUCUUCCCUUUCAUGGCUGGCCUUAUGGACGCUAAUCACCCUAGACUUGGAGAUAUUCUGAACCUCAUUCAGGAUUCGGAUGAGCUUUGGAGUGAUUACGGCAUUAGAAGUCUUAGCAAAAAGGACGAAUUUUUUGGAACAGGCGAAAAUUAUUGGAGGGGCCCUAUUUGGAUUAACAUGAAUUAUUUGGUCCUCAAGAAUCUCCACAAUAUCGCCCAGGUUUCAGGGUCUCACCAGAAACAAGCAUCUGAGAUGUACACGAAAUUACGCAAAAACGUAGUAGAUAAUGUCUUCAAGGAAUGGAAGAGAACUGGUUUUGCUUGGGAGCAGUACAACCCCGACACUGGUAUUGGCCAGCGGACGCAACAUUUCACUGGAUGGACCAGCCUAGUGGUGAAAAUGAUGGCCAUGCCCGAUUUGAAUGCCCGAUCGGGUACGAAGGAAGAGUUAUAG